UUCACCCUUCACUUUCCCUUUCAGUCCGCCGUACAUUGAUCCCCCACUUGCGAUUCUCUCCAAACAAACCACCAAAUCUUUGAUUCUCAACCGUUUUAAGUGGUUUUGCUUCUCAUUCGUUUGGAAUCUCGAGUUCUCUCUGUUUUUGCAGAUCACUUUACCAGUUUCCACAGAUGGCAAGAACUAAGCAAUCCGCCAAGCGAACGAGAGCCACGUGCAGCACGCCACCCCCGCAAGCGCAGCAACAAACGUCCGCCUCCUACCCAUGGCCCCGCGAGCAAGAGGGUGAACUGAUUGAUCUCGACAGCCCAUUGCUCCUGGACUUCAAUUGCGAGGGGUGGGAUAAGGGGACAGCAGCUCGUUACAACGCCCUCCUCAGAGUUGACAUGCUACCCCCUCGUUUCUGCCACACAGAAACUUUGGCUGAUCUUGGGAUCGACGAGGAUGUAUUCGAAACGCUGCACGCCAUCGAGAUUGCUCCUCUGUGCUACACAACGCACGAGCUCUAUCCAGACCUUGUUCGCCAGAUGCUCGCCACGGCCACGAUCACCUACGAGGAUUCCGACGCACCCUCCUACGCCAACUGCUCGUUCUCUUUCAUGGCGGAUGGAGAGUACUGUCGCUUGUCCCUCGACAAGCUCAAUGAAAUCUAUGAGAUGGCCGCUGAACCAAAGGGGGUAGCGGUGGCGAAAAAGUUCUCUCCUUCUAACGCCUUUUGGGACUGCAUUGCAAAUGGAAACUUCACAGCAGGGAAGGUCUACCAGUCGCAGAUUCGGAACCCCGCGCUUCGUGUCAUCGCGAAGAUCAUCUCAAACCUCCUGUUCGCCAAGGAUCUGACAUCGAAGGUCACCAACGGGGAGCUGCAAACCCUGUACACUGGUAUUGAGGAUGAAAUUCGCGCCUCUGGUUCCGGAAUUCCCAUUCAAAGGGUUAAGACGAAUCCCGGUUUCAACUUCAUCACCAUGAUAUGCGAGCGGCGACAGUGCCUUAUGCACGGCUCGAAGAAGAAAGACAGGAGCGGCAGCCUGCUCACACCGCUUUUCAAGCAUUUCGACAUUGAUCUCACCAAAUACAGCGUCAACAAGGAGGUCCAGUACCUCGACAUUAGGUACCUAAUGGCGUGCCACAUCAUGCGAGAUGAAGAGACCUACAGCUUUUACGAUAAAGCCGGAACUCAGCUAUUCACCAAACUGCCUCACCCCGAGAUCACCAGGUUCAGCGUGUUUGAGAACAUACGGUUUCUUCCUCCCCCCGAGCUCCUUUGCACUGAUCCACGUGCUGCGGUCCCUGACGAAGACAUGGAUGAUGUUGAGGACAUCACCCCUGAAGCCGACCCAUCGUACGACCUAGGAGAGCUCGCCGAUGUGACCGAUGAUCAAGCUUACAGACGCUGGAUGGUGGACUCGCAGCGAAAGAACAACAGCCUCAUGCGGAGGAUACUCCACCUCGUCACUGGGGGAUGCAUUGGAGGGAGCGCCCAGCGCCAGUCUACGACAGAUCGACCACCAAGAUCCCACCGACCAGGCAAGGAGCCCAUGGGAACUGGCCCUUUUUCAGAAGAGGUUCAUCGCUCGCGCAACAGGCGAUCCUUUGACCCAGCCGAGAGCGGCGAGUCCGACUGAGUCCGCAAGGACUAUCCUCUAUCCAUUGUUCUAUCCAUCUGAACUUUUUAUUUUUAUUUUUUUAUGUUUUAUGCUGUGUUGCUUUUUGGCUGACCUCAGCUUCAUUUCCACCAGGGAUGGUGUCGAUUAAGUCUGGGGGAAGCACUGGGUGCUGAAACUCUAUUUCUUUGUUUCUUUGUUUUUGAGUCAGUCCUUGCGUCAUUUUGAUGUUUUAUCGAGUCAGUUUAGGAUCGAGUCAGUUAAAACUCUUGUGGGAAUUAGGACCUUGUGAUAUAUUCUUUUAACCACCUCGUGCUCUAACAUUCUUAUCCAGUGACCUUAGCAGUGAUGAAAGAGCCCAUACUUGGACCUGGAACACCCUUUGACUCAUCUCAUUUGACUCUCCAGAAGCUCUCAUCCGAUCAGGUUACACUGGGUAGACUCAACUCCACCCAACUUGAACCUAAUCUUGACUGAAAUUCUUCUUGUUAUGGGCACUAGAUCAGGGAAACGAGACCAACGCUCAGGGCUUCUUAUUCUUUUUACCAAUCUUGUUGAUCCUGAGCGGCUAGCUCAUUUUUAGCUAGUUCCAACCUUCUACCUAAACCUUUAUUUUCACCCUCAUACACUCUGUUUUUCAAUGUCAUAUGUGCAGAUAUGUGCAAAAGGGCCGGAGAGGAUAGGAUUGACACAGCCCCUUACUCGUUGACGCCUGACACUCAGAGAGAAGAACAAGUAGAUUGAGAACAGUCGACAAGAUCAAUCCUUAAAGAAAGAAACAGUCGAAGGCGCAUGGAACAAUGGCACCCCGUGAGAAACAGAGGAUAGACCCCCAGCGGCUGCAAAACAUUCGUCCCGAUACCUCCCUCCAUCUCCACUCAAAAAAAAAAAAAAAAAAAAAAAAAA